AUGUCGCCCAACCCUGCCUCCCCUUUCGAGCAAUCAAUCCUCAGCGCGCCAGCGCCACGGAUCACCGCGAUGGCCGACGGUACCGAGUCUCCCAGGUCAUGCCCUUCGACUCCUGGUUCGAGCGAGAUGCUCGCUCGCUUUCGAGCUUUUGAGCUCAUGGCAGGCAAGACGUACCGGAUCGCCAAACGAUCUGAUCUGUUUGCGACGGACGACUGGAGCUGCGUGGCUUUGAGAUUCUCCAAGCAUCAGUACAUUGUCUAUCCCGAGUACGAGCCCCAGAUGAGCGCCUUUGUCGAGCAAAUCGGCCACGUCAAUUGCGAGGUGAGCUGAGCACGUUAGACACCGCAAAACGAUGGCCGCGUCUGAUGCUCAGGCUACUCCCUUCUCUCGCACAGGCCGCGCUCACCAUGACCACCGAGGUUUGUCGAGCCGUCACAGCAUCGCUGCCUCCUGGCACCACGGAGCUCGCACUUACGGCCGACGACAGAGUUCAAGUGGUAGAGAGCAUGUUCAGCCUCGGUACCUCUAGAAAGGCGCAAGGCGCAUGCUUCAUUCGCUCGGAAGGGAGAUUGAUCGUCUGGACCGACCGCGUCGAAGACCUCGUCGAGCACGCAAACGAUACCGAGGGCAAGAUGGUCAACUUUGUCUGGCAAAAGGCUGGCGCCAACAGAUUUGGCACCGCAACGCCCGCGCCUGGAGACGCGUCUCCGCCCGAAAUAUUUGAGCGCGUCGCUACGCCUGCCUCACCGGUACCCGCGGUGCAAAAGCCGAACCCCGCAAGGCCCUCGCUGCUGUGGCGCGGAUCGAGCUCUGGUCUAGGCUACAAUCCAUUCCGCUCUUCCCGCAGUCUCGCUUCGGUAGCCACUCCAGCAGAAAACGUCGAAGACGAAAAACGUCCCUCGGACAGCACCACGUCGCUGGAGCCCGUGCAUCAGCAAGGCGUAAUGGAAUCAGGGCGCCGUCAAGUCUUGCUCGGGCCUUUCUACACUGGCUGCGCUGUUGCGAUCAACUUGUUGAUGAUCUCUAUAUUCGUGCGCGGUACUCUAGUGACCUGCCUCUUGGACGGCUCAUGGACUCGCAUGAUCAUCGUCGUCCUUGUUUUGCCCGUGUACUUCCUAGUGUGAGUCAGCUAAAGUCAAGGACACGCGAGCAAAGUAUUGAUCGCGCUUCCUCGCGCCUCCAGCUCCAUGUUCUUCUGCGACACCGUCGUUGCCAUCAUCGCACACCUCAUCAUGCCGGUCUCCCAACUGCACGGCAACGGGCUAUACUUUAGUGGAGAACGACCGCGUCGCAUUACCGGCAACGUUCUUCCCCACGUAACCGUCCAGAUGCCGGUCUACAAAGAGGGAUUGGAGUCCGUCUUGAUGCCUACCAUCGAGUCUCUGAAGAAAGCUGUCGCAACGUACGAGCUUCAAGGCGGCACUGCCAACAUCCUGGUCAGCGAGGAUGGCAUGCAGCUCUUCGACGCCGUAGAGCAAGACAUUCGGCGCGAUUACUACGACAGGAACAACAUUGGCUGGGUAGCUCGUCCCAAGCACAAUUCCGACGGUUUCAUCCGCAAGGGACGCUUCAAAAAGGCUUCCAAUCUCAACUUUACUUGCUCGCUCUCCAUGCGCGUCGAGCAGAUUAUGAACGACCUUCGUCCAGAAGCCCAGGCUCGAAAGCCGCUCCAUCUGAUGUGGAGCGCCGAAGACGAAAAGAGCCUUUAUACAGUUGCGCUGGAACAAGCCAUCGAGGAAGGCGGAAACCGCGCGUGGGCUAGCGGUGACAUUCGCAUCGGCGACUACAUUCUGAUCAUCGAUUCGGACACGCGCGUUCCUGAAGAUUGUUUUCUCGACAGCGUUUCCGAAAUGGAGCACUCUCCCGAGGUCGGUGUGCUGCAACACUGCAGCGGAGUCAUGUACGUCGCCAACAAUUACUUUGAGGCUCUCAUUGGCCACUUUACCAAGAUGGUCAACUACUCGAUCUCUUGGGUCGUCGCCAACGGCUCCAUGGCACCAUUUGUGGGACACAAUGCAUUCAUGCGCUGGUCUGCCGUUCAAGAGGUUUCCUUUGUCGAUGAUGAAGGAGAUCGAUGCAUCUGGGCAUGGGACAUGGUCUCUGAAGAUUUCGACAUGUCUUUAAGACUGGUUGUCAAGGGCUACAUUGUUCGAUGGGCCACUUGGUCGAAAGAUGGCUUCCUUGAAGGUGUCUCUUUGACUCCGGUGAGUAGCGCGAUGAUUUACUGGCUAGAGUGACGCACGCGCUUACACUCAGCGUCCCUUGCAGGAUGACGAAGUCAAUCGUCUUCAAAAAUACGGCUGGGGAUGCUCCGAGAUCAUGUUGAAUCCCAUAAGCCAGUGGUGGAGAAAAGGCCCCUUCGCCAAGAUGUUCCUCAAAUGGUUGUUCAGCAGUGUGGCACUCAGUGAGUCCUGCAUGCCGCUCAUCAAAGUAAGCGACACUUGCGCUGAGCACGUUUCCUUGAACAGGUGCCAAGUUCAGCACCCUCAGCUACAUGUUCUCCUACUUGGCCAUCGCAAUAUCCCUUCCGGUGACGGUCGCGCUCUUUGUGCUCCAAGGCUUCUUCUAUCCAGAGGUCGACCACAUCUUCCUGACGUCUUUUCAAGUUUGGGUAGCCGUUGUUGUCGUGUACGGCGGUGAGUGAUGAGACGCAGAAUUUCGUCACGUUCCUAGCGCGCUAAUGCGAAAAGUUUUGUCUGCACAGUCGGAGGUACAAUCGGCCUCGUUAUCAGUCGCGCGCGGUCGAAGCACGAGACGAUCGCUCGUGCUCUCUACGACCACCUCAAAUGGAUGCCUAGCCUCAUCAUCUUCUUUAUUGGCGUUGGCUACCACGUUUUGAUGGCGCUCAUUGCGCACCCUGUUGGAUACAACAUGAGCUGGGCGGCAACGUUGAAAGGUGCGUCUGUGAGAAGCAGCUGCAAGGAGCCGCGCUUACCAUCCCACCCCACCUUUGCAGACAUUGAGUCCUCCAACUUUUGGCGCGAGCUGCCCGCCAUCCUGAAAAAGUAUUGGCACUGCUUGCUCGUAAACAGUGCCAUCGUCGUUGGCGUCGUGUUGUGCACCACUCCGAUUCUCCCGAUGGAGUGGAGAGUAGAUGGCGUCUACCUUCUCUUCCCUCCGUUGUUGCUUGCGAUCGGCCAGUGAGUUGCGACAAGUGGGGCUCCCAUAGCGUCAACUUCGACUCACGAGUAUGCUUGCUUCACCCUACAGCAUUCUUUACCCUUUCCUACUCUCGCCGUACAUCAUGUCUUUCCAAUUCUGA